AGAAUAUCUUCAUUAAAACAACAAAAAAUAAAACAUGGAAACUAUUUUGGGUAUUCGUGGUCCUGAUUUUGUUAUGCUAGCCGCUGACACCACACAGGCACGUUCCAUUAUUGUAAUGAAAGAAGAUGAAAAUAAAAUCACAAAAAUUGCCGAUAAUUUAAUGUUUGCCACCAUUGGCGAGUCCGGUGACACUGUCCAGUUUACAGAGUUUAUUUCCAAGAAUAUUGCUCUGUACAAAAUGCGUAAUGGCUAUGAUUUGAGUCCCAAGUGUGCGGCUCAUUUUACACGUAAAAAUUUGGCUGAUUAUUUGCGAUCCCGUACACCAUAUCAGGUUAAUUUGUUUGUGGCAGGUUAUGAUCCCAAGGAAGGACCAGAAUUGCAUUACAUUGACUAUUUGGCCAAUGCCAAGUCGGUAAAAUAUGCCGGCCAGGGUUAUGGUGGUAUGUUUUGUGCCAGUAUCUUUGAUCGCUACCACUAUGACAAUAUAACACAGGAAGAGGCAUAUGAUGUUUUGAAAAAAUGUGUGGUGGAAAUUCAAAAACGUUUGGUCAUAAAUUUGCCCAAAUUCAAUGUAGCUGUUGUGGAUAAAAAUGGCAUCCGGGAUUUGCCUCAAAUCACCUCACAAAACCUAAUUGGUUAUAAAGCUUAGUUUCGUUUUU